CAAACUACUAUUAUACUGUAACAUCGAAACAAUGGUUACCGCCUGUACAAACUAUCGAGAUCUUAACGAUGAGCAAUUAGAAAGCUAUAAACAAGUUUUGGAGCUUAAGGCUGGCAAGACCAGCUCGACCCGUGUUUUGGGUAUGAAUGUGCCCAUAGCCAGCAAGAACCAAAAGGCACUACGUCAGUGUGAAAUAGAGCAACAGAGGCGUAUGUUCUUCUCAGAUGCGGUUGAUGCAUCCCCCGAAACUAUGCAGCAGUUGUCCGAUAUGAAGUCCGAUGGCAGCAAUGAGAGCAUCGGGUUUCCAAGCGAUAUAUUUGAGACUAACUCGUCGAAUCAUAAGAAAAUAACACCGGAGACAAGAAAGCUACGCACACAAUCAACUACAGAACGAAGGAAACGGCUUAUGGCGGCACCGAAAGAACCGAUCACCAAGCCAACGCGAUCGUUGCCCGUUACUCCUUCGACUAUGCCUAGACCAGGUAUUCCGUGAGGUUUACAACCCCAACCCCAAACGGAACGAGAAAUAUCAACACGGAUGAGCGAUGCAGUUACAAUACACAGUGUUUGUUUGAACGUUAUACGAGAUUCGCGUGCUGACAGCGCGUAAUGUUACGAAGGACAUUAUUUACUGCCAAUCAUUAGCAACACCAACACCCCUGUUCAAGGGUAACAUGUAUAACCGCGUGUCUGCGGCAUUGACUCUAACUUUCUGCAAGGAGGGGGGGGGACAAGGAAUAUUGUAUUUCCUGUGAAUUUAAGGAUUUGUAACUAAAUCACUCAACCUUUACGCUUCAAUCGUAUUGAGAGCAUAAAGAAGUAUAUCUUUUGAAAACAACUAUGCAGCAAUGGCUUUACAGAAAAUCGAUAAUAACUAUCACGAGUUGUCGACAAUAAAAUCUAUCAGAACAUCCUGGUAUCUGGUACCGAUUUAUAGUUGAUAAGGAUAAGAAUACACCCUGACCUUCCAUUUCAACGGGUGGAUUAUCAUAUGGUUCGUACAAGAACACGAAAGGCUCAUCGGGACGCCCCUUGAAUUGUAAACGCAAGUAUUAGUUUCGUAGACACAGGGAAUUAUGGCAUCACAGCUGUAGGUGUAUGCUUUAAAAACAGAGCGUGCCCUCGAUAUUGGUGUGCGAUUUUGAGUUGAUUGGUACGCUUGUUCAUUGUUGGCGGUCAUUUACCUUCUUUGUUGAUUCGUUUAACCUAAAUUUAUUCCAGGAUAGGCAGCUCAUUCCUCGCAGACCA